AUGGCUUUCCACGCUCCGGUCAGCCUGCAGGGCAUCGCCUCUGCUGCGACUGGAACCUGGCCGUCAAUUUCCGCUGUUGCGCCGGCUCCGUGGCGACUAGUCGGACGUCGCGCGUCGCCUUCCGAGUCCGCAACACUACGUGAUGGAUCCAAGGCACACAAGGCAAACGCCGUCGUGCCCGAAUGUCUUGCUUCCGUCCCGCUCUCUGCUCUCCGCCCUCGCCCGUCGCCAGAAGCACUCGGUGCCCCGCAAACAGUAGCUGGCAUGUUUUCUCAAGGCAAUUGUACAGUACCGGCUCACACCCUCCGACGCUUCAGUCCUCUGUCUCGCGCUUUCCCUUCGGUUUCGACUACUUCUCGGCAAUACUCGACUCUUACGCGGCUCGCUCCUUUCAAGCUCAACCCAGUCCCAAGGCCUGGAAAUGUUGGGUUGACCCAGCAGCGCAGCAUCUUCGGCGGCAACACUUCACGUAACCUUCUCGCUCAUAUGGAACAAACGGCAAACAACAACCCUGGUAGUGCAAGCGCGCAGAACGCGUUUUAUGCUGCGCUGCUCCGUGCCAACCUUCCGCAGAUUGUCGUCGAACGGUACGAGUCAGGCAGAUUUGCUACAAACGCCGCAUGUGACGCGCUUUACACCCGGGGCUUGGAAAGACUUGGUCAAUCGGACAAGGCACCCGGCCUUCAGGGCAACAAUGGCACUGCCGGGCAGUCCUCUGGUCUCGGCAUGGACCAAAUUUCGGCUAUCGGUCAAGCGGUUGGUGCACGCGUCCGUGGUGGCAAUGUUGCGACCGCCCGUAGCGGAUCCGGUGAGAGGGCUAGCCCGCUCUACGUCGUCGUCGAAGAAUCCACCGGCAGCACUAUUUUCAAAUGGGUCAAGUUCUUCUUGUGGUUUGGGCUUCUUACCUACCUGUCCAUGGUCUGUGUGACUAUGGUCAUCGAGGCCAGCGGAAUGCUGCAAAGGCGCGGUGCCAAGCAGGAUAUGGAGGCGAAGCCGGAACUUCAGACUACCCGAUUCAGUGAUGUCCACGGUUGCGAAGAGGCCAAAGAGGAACUUCAGGAGCUCGUCGAUUUUCUCAAGGCCCCGGAUAAGUUCAACGCUCUCGGCGGCAAGCUCCCCAAGGGUGUUCUCCUGGUUGGCCCUCCUGGUACCGGUAAGACUCUGCUGGCCCGCGCAGUGGCUGGAGAGGCUGGUGUUCCGUUCUUCUACAUGUCUGGUUCAGAAUUCGAUGAGGUAUAUGUCGGCGUGGGUGCCAAGCGCGUCAGAGAGCUUUUCGACGCGGCAAAGUCCAAGGCGCCUGCCAUUGUCUUCGUUGAUGAACUCGAUGCUAUUGGUGGCAAACGCAACGACCGUGAUCACGCAUACGUCAAGCAGACUCUCAACCAACUUCUCACGGAGCUGGAUGGCUUUGAGCAGAACUCUGGUGUCAUCUUCAUCGCUGCCACUAACUUCCCGGAACUCCUCGACAAGGCUCUUACCCGUCCUGGACGAUUUGAUCGCAACGUGACUGUCCCUCUUCCGGAUGUUCGUGGUCGCUCUUCUAUCCUCAAGCAUCACAUGAGGAACGUUCAGAUUGGCACCGACGUCGAUGCGGAUGUUAUUGCUCGUGGAACUCCGGGAUUCAGCGGUGCUGAGCUUGAGAACAUUGUGAAUCAGGCUGCAGUACAUGCUUCUAAAAACAAGCAGAAGCGCGUCUCCAUGAUUGAUUUCGAAUGGGCCAAGGACAAGGUUCUUCUCGGUGCUGAACGCCGCUCUGCGGUGAUUCAGCAGAAGGACAAGAUCGCGACGGCUUACCACGAGGGCGGGCAUGCGCUAGUUGCCAUGUUCACCAAGCACUCGGAUCCUCUUUACAAGGCUACCAUCAUGCCUCGUGGCCAUGCUCUCGGCAUCACCUUCCAGCUACCCGAGAUGGACAGGGUCAGCCAGACAAAGCUGGAGUAUCUUGCUCACAUCGAUGUUUGCAUGGGAGGCAAGGUUGCGGAGGAACUCAUCUACGGGCCCGAUUACGUCACGUCUGGAGGUUCCAGCGACAUCCAGAAGGCCACUGCCAUUGCUUACUCCAUGGUCACGCAGAUGGGCAUGAGUGACGAGCUGGGCAACAUUGAUCUCUACAGCAACUUUUCUCGGCUGUCUUCGGAAACGAAGAACAAGAUCGAGGACGAAGUGCGCAAAAUCCUGGACGCUUCGAGAGAGCGAGCAAAGAAGCUCUUGACGGAGAAGCGGCAGGAGCUUGACCGUCUUGCCGGGGCGCUGGUCGAGUACGAGAGCUUGUCGAAGGAGGAGAUGGAGAAGGCGGUGAGAGGCGAGAAGAUUGACAACAAACUCAAGGGCGAGUUCCAGUUGCCGAUCAAGCUCCCCGAAAGCCUCAUGCCGCCCGCAUUACCGGGAAGUGGCGACCAAUCCGGCAACUCGCCGGCUCCAGGCUCGGGCAUCCCCGGGGCCAACGGCAUGAACGAGAGGUGA